CGCGCGCACCUCCGCCAUUCUGCUUUCAGUACCGACCGGAGCCUCCAGUCGAAUACUAAAAUCGACAGAAAUGUACCAAACCCGUGUUAACAGUGGCUUCUCGAAACGGAAUUGAUCGGUAGAAACAGGACCGUUGCGGUACAGGAUCGGAAACUAAGGGAUGUCGCCGCUUAUUAAACUGCUGCGGCGAUGGCGCCGGCAAGCCGCGGGAGAGCCGAAUGCCGAGGAGGAAGCAGGCGAAGAGGCGGGCGGAUCAACAGCAUCACCCGGCACCGAAGCGCCCACUGUCGCGGCCACCACAGAGACGAUAGGCGAGAAGACAGCGGAGAUCGCCCACAAGCUCAACCUGGAGACGUGGCAACUGGUUGCCAUCCUCGUGGGAGUCGCGGUAGUGGUCCUCGGCAUAUGCUUCUGCUGCAUCAGACGAUGUUUCCGCAAGAGGCGGUCCAAAGAUGGCAAGAAGGGCAUGAAGGGCGUCGUCGACCUCAAAUCCGUCCAGCUCAUCGGCUCAGCUUACAAGGAGAAGGUUCAGCCGGACAUGGAGGAGCUCACCGAGAACGCCGAGGAGCCGGACGACGGCGACUCCAAGAAGGAAGAACAGAAACUAGGGAAGCUACUCUAUAAGCUCGAAUACGAUUUCAACAGUAACAGUCUCUCUGUGACUGUGAUCAAAGCAGAAGAUCUUCCAGCUUUGGACAUGGGAGGAACUUCUGAUCCCUACGUAAAGGUCUACCUACUCCCCGACAAGAAGAAGAAAUUCGAGACCAAGGUCCAUCGGAAAACUCUCAGCCCUGUCUUCAACGAAACGUUCGUCUUUAAGAGCGUUCCUUACGCCGACGCGAUGAACAAAACGCUAGUGUUCGCGAUCUUCGACUUCGAUCGGUUCUCCAAACACGACCAGAUCGGCGAGGUGAAGGUACCGCUGUGUCAGGUGGACUUGGCACAGACCAUUGAGGAGUGGCGCGAGCUGCAGAGCGUGGAAGGCGAAGGGGGGCAGGACAACAAGUUGGGAGACAUAUGUUUCUCCCUGCGAUACGUGCCCACCGCGGGCAAGCUCACGGUCGUCAUCCUGGAAGCCAAGAACCUAAAGAAAAUGGAUGUCGGCGGCCUAUCAGAUCCGUACGUAAAGAUAGCACUCAUGCAAAACGGCAAACGACUCAAGAAGAAGAAGACAAGCAUCAAGAAAUGCACACUGAAUCCCUAUUACAACGAGUCAUUUACUUUUGAAGUACCAUUCGAACAAAUACAGAAAGUGAAUCUAGUGGUAACGGUGGUGGAUUACGAUCGCAUCGGCACAUCGGAGCCGAUCGGCAAGGUGGUGCUGGGGUACAACGUGCAGGGCACGGAGCUGCGCCACUGGUCCGACAUGCUGGCCAGCCCGCGGCGCCCCAUCGCGCAGUGGCACACGCUCAAAGAUCCCGACGAUGGAGAGAAGAAGGACUAAGGUGUCUCAGGAUUUCAUCGGUUUCCAUAAUGGUGAUGAAGAUCUACGACAACUUCGGAGAGAAGACGUACCAUCAUACAAGAUCGAAGAGUAUUUUAGUUCAUACUAUAAAUUUAAAUAUUUUGCUAGUUACAUAACUAUCCAGAAUAAUUUGAAUGAGAAAAUAUGUAUAUUAUAUUGGGUACGUUAAUAAUUUUCGCUAUUGCGUCGGCGGCUAUAAAAUUGGCUGUUUAAUGUCGUUCCUUUGUUUAUAAAUAUGGCUUAAUUAAGUAGGUGUUUACCUAUUGGCUAAGUACUAUCAACAACUUACCCACAUGUCUUUCAAAAGUAACAGGUAAACUUGCAUAAUCCUUGCAAUAUAUUUCGAAAUAUGAAAAUAUUUUGAAUUCCAUCACCUAAAACAAAAUUUAGAUGGACAGAGCAUAGGAAUGAUGGCCGUACCGGAUGAAUGGGGGUUGAUAUAAGUCAUGACUAUUGCAAUAGAUGUCAAAAUUUUGACUCCCCAGAAUAAGUAAAUUAAAACUUAAGUACCUAAUAUGAAAUUGAUAUAUCCAAAUUUUCUUGAAAACAAAUUGAAUCCCGAUUGUUUUAACGUUUUACGUUUUUUACUUGAUUAAAAUCCAAAAUGUGAAGCCGCUAAGACCUAGUCGAAAAUGGACAUUCAUGUCGAAGUAAAUAAUACUCGUAUUAAGUAAAUUGUUGUGAAACCGGCGGGGAUAGAGUGCGGAGUAGGGAUCAUAGUCCGGUAGACCCCCUUGCUUCCACGAUAGCGUACGAAGUUUUCAAAACAGUUGAAAGCCCUUCUAAACUACUGCGUUAACGAUGCGUCCAGAUCUGGCGAAUACACGAUUCGCGAAUGUUCGUUAAAGAAGCAUAGCACACGAGCGACGCAUUCUCCAGUUUUGGACGGUUCUUUACCAACUUAAAAAGCGGUAUGGAUAUAUAAUAAACCCAUUUAAAUCUACUACUUUUUAAAUGGUGUGGUAGGUUUGUGAAUUAAGCCUAUUAGCACUAGCGUCUAUGUACACACUGGCAUCUCUCUCAAUAAUAAAAAAAUCUUAAAGAGAUAAAUGUGAUAAACGCUAGUAGGUACUAGGCAUGGGAGUUUGGGCUUUCGUGUGACAUAGUUUUAAGUGGAAAGAUUCACUUGAAUUGCCUAUUUGUAUAUUUAUUUCAUGUAAAACGCUGGGUUGUGGGACAUAGACCUACAUAAUUUUAUUACGUAAGUAAUUUAAUUGUAUUAGUAGUUACUUACCAAGAAACAGUUCUUGACAAGCUUACACUUACCUGCAUGAAAAUAAACAGGUGACUCUAAACAAAUGUACAUAAUCAUAUUGCCUACAUUUUUUAGAGAAGGGGCAACAUGGGGUAAGUAAUACCUAGACAUAUUUAACAAAGAGAGCUUCUAAAAUUAAUUAUUAAAAUUAUGAGUAAUGAACGUAAAACCUCGGUUCAUUCUUAUACGAACAAAAUGUAUCAGUGGAAAAUGGACAGAUGCUCCAUGUCAACAAUGUCAAGUAAACAUGUGUUGGUUUAGUUUAGUGUUACGUAUCCCCCAGAUGAAAAGCUUAAACGCUCCGCAUUUAACACUUUUAAGGCGGACAUUGUAUGCGGUCGUAGCACUCGUAGCCUAGCAACUAAUCCCGCAUGUAGAGGAAAAUAUCGCUAGAGUUAGACCAAGAUUUUGAACACAGAUUUUUUUAUCUGAAUAAGCCUCCUUUAGAAAAAAAACCGUACAAUAUGAUAACAUAUGAGUUCAUUAACACCUACAUUGAACGAGGACAUCGCGGGAGCGCGACACACUGAUAUCGGUAUCAAAUAGCUAUACUUUCUGAACAAGUGAACACUCUUUAAUAAAGAUUUAGGUCUCUGCCCCGUCGACCUGGCGCUAAAAUCUUUAUGACGUAUUAUGACUAUGUAAAUAAGUUACAUCGUGUUAAAUUUACAACAUUCUAUUUUACUAUCGUAAGUGUUAUAGUAUUGAUACCCUUUUAUUAUGGUAAAGUUCCUCCAUGAACGAGAAAAUCCUUAUUGCAUUUUUUUAAUUAGCAGAGCCCAUCGAUACUCAACUUAAGUGAUUACAAUCAAACGCCAUGAAUACCUAUAGGUAACAUUGUAUGAACAUUCCGAUAAAUUGGACCUCGUUUUUUUGCCCUCGAGUGUAAAAAGGGUUCAGUAGAGAUUGCUCGCUUGAGAUCUCUAUGCUAAAACUUGUACCAAACAACGUAUGUAUCUAAUUUACCUUACUGCAAAAAAGGAACAUACAUAUUUUCGAACAGAAGGUUUUUUUUUAUUCUUUCUCUUUCUGCGAGGAACAAUUAGGCCUAUUGAAUUUAUCUUUUAAUUUUAAGUCAUCUCAUAACAUUCCCACAGCAUUUAAAGAAAGCCCAUCAAAUUAGUUGAAUUUAUAAUUAUGUUAGUUAAUUCAAUCUAGGUAAUUUUAUUAUGUUUGCGAAUAAUUAUUAAUAAUACAUAGCAAAUGGCGACUCAAAACCGUGGAUCAUCGAAACUAGUCAAACUUACUUAUAGACCACGAUAAUAAACUUAUAAUGUAUUGUUAAAUAGUUAGAAUGUAAUUAUUGAUCCCUUACAAUAAUUAUUCAUGGUUAGACUGGUUUAUUUUUAUUUAUUUUUAUGUGUUUUUAAUCAUAAGUAACUAUUCGAUUUUAGGCUCAUUACAUCAUAUCCAACUAAACGAGAGGGAUGCAGCUACAUGUCAGAAAGAGAAGACUAUAUUUCUAUCUUACACUAAUGUGGCUGGAUCUCUUUCCAUCGGACAGUUGAGAGAUAUGUAUUAAAAUCUUAACGUGACGUCUGAUAAGUGAAUCAAAAAUAUAACUUAUACCUAGCUAAAGCUUGACUGUUGUUGAUCUCAAACCUAUGUGUUAUCGUGUAUAUAAUGUAAUCACAUGUUAAAUUUCACAAUCACUUUAUAUCUAUGUAUAGGAGUAAUGAGAGGGCUUCAAGUACAUUAGCUGUGCACCAACACGAAACAAGUAGGAAUAGACGAGGUUCCAAGUGAGUAAUAAAUAUAACUAUUGUUAAUAUAGAUUGUACAGCCGACCCCGACAGAUUCACCGUACACACUUUACAGAAAAAAUCAUACAGACUUUUUUUAGUUCCAACAUUUUUUUUACUUCGGUUACGUUCAUAUGAUAUUGGUGUAACGGUGAAUGUUUUGGGGUCAUUCCUAUUAAAAUUAUCAAGGCACGCCAGUACAGCGGUCGGGCCUCAGUAGUAUGACAAUAUGGACAUUCAGCGCUAUUUAUGAAAUUUUGUAAUCGUAAUGGUAAAUUGCAAUAUGUGAAUAAUCUCUAAUAUAAAAUAUAAAACAACACUUUGAAAUUAUAGAUGAGACAUUUGUAUUUUCAAGCUGUUUAUGACCGUGGUCUUCUUAUAUUAAAUGGGGACAAUUAUAUCUGUCAACAUUAUUUCAAGUAGAUGUACUUCUCAAUAUAGUCUAUCGAUCUGUAACUGACCCCGAGCCGCUAAUCCUUUGCCUAUUGUUAAGUAAUACCGCACGUGCCUCUACAUGUAAAAAAAGGGUCGUAGGGUACAGCUACUGAGUGUUGGCGAAUCGAACCAGUCUAAAAUGUGUCAUCCAGAUGCGUAACAAAGGCGCGUUAUCGGAGAGCGCACCUACACUGGUUUUUUGAGAGUUGGACUAGCCCGCGCUCAGGUGCCAAUUAGAAUAAUUAAGGCCUUUUAUUGCAGGUAAGUAGCACGUGCGGUUUUACUUAACAACAGACAAAGGAUUAGCAGUUCGGGGCCAGUUAGAAAUCGACAGACUAUACCUUUAAAUUAAAUAUUGUACAUGUUGGCAUUGGUGUGUUGAGCAGUUGUAAUAUUACUUGCUGUUUGUUACAAAAUUUAAAAUUAAAAUUUGCUGAACUAGAAUUGUAUAAAUGUAACCAAAACUUUAAAAUUUAAUUUACUGUAAACUUGGCUGAAUCUAAAUUAAAGCAGGGUUUAUCUUAUAUUCAUUAACAAGUCAUCUUGCACUGCACAUAAUACCCUAUUUGCUGAUUUUGUUAACAUGUCAUCAGUAUUGUUAUUGUAGCCCUAAAGAAGGUAUAUGUAUACAUAUAUAUAUUAGUAAAAAUUGAUAAACUUGUCAUAUCACUUGCCACUUAAAUAAAAAUCAUUAUUAAUUUAAGUUGCAUUUGUUUACAGUUUUUGUAGAAAUUAUAGAAUUUUGUUAUAAAACAUAUUAUAAUUUUAACUAGAGUUUAUAUUAGUAAUGAAUUAUGUAAGCUACAAAGAAUGUCUAUAAUACAUAAUUACAUAGA